AUGGACACGGAGGCAGAAGAAAGGCUCAUGGUGGAAUUCGCGAAGCAGCAACUUUUAGACAAACUUCACCUGAAAGAGAGACCGAACAUUACUCAGACUGUUCCCCGCGCUGCUCUUCUCACUGCGCUGCGCAAACUGCACACAGGACGCGUCAGGCAGGACGGCACGCUGGAGCUGGACAACAGUUUACCUCCCGCAGACCAAGGCUAUGAGAUAGUCAGCUUCGCUGAUAUAAAUUACACCAAAAACACUGAGGAUGCAAGCCUACAGCUUGCCUUCCAGUUUCUCCAGGAGCAGGGCCGCAGUGUCCAGGUGCUGCAGGCCUCUUUGUGGAUCUACGUGCGUUCCUCUGAGAACCCCUACCGAGACUCUCGGCUGCCAGCCAGGGUCUUCCUCUCAGCAGAGCAGGAGGGGCAGAGCUCCAACCGAAGCCUUGUCAUAGAGAAGAUGCUCGAAGUGCAAGACAGUAACUGGUACACUUUCCCUAUCACCCGCACACUGCAAACCUUUUUGGAUGGUGGCCAACACAGACUUCACGUUGAGGUUAGCUGUGAGGAAAAUGGCAAGAACCUCUGCUCCCUGGACACAACAGAGGACACCCCUAACCAGCCUUUCUUAGUGGCCCAGGUGCGUUUGCGUGACGACCAUUCCAAACGAUUGAUCAGGAAGCGCUCUCUGCGAUGUGGGAAUGAUGUCACAGUGUGCUGUAAGAGAGACUUUUACAUCAAGUUCAAGGAUCUCCAGUGGCAUGACUGGAUUAUUGCACCUGAGGGGUACCACAUGAACUACUGCAUGGGCCAGUGUCCUCAGCACCUGUCUGGUUCUCCAGGGAUUGCAUCAUCAUUCCACGCCACGGUCUUCAGCCAGCUCAAAGUCAAUGGCAUCCAUACGGCCACCUCCUCGUGCUGCAUCCCCACAGAGCGCCGUCCCUUGUCCAUGGUUUACUUCAACUCUCAGCAUAGUAUUGUCAAAACAGACGUGCCAGACAUGAUUGUGGAAUCAUGUGGUUGUACAUAG